CGGCUCGACAGGGUGGAUCUGUUGUUUUCCCUUCGACUAGAUCUAUGAUCUAGAUUGAUUUUUGUUUCCUCCGGCUUGAUUUGAUCUUGUGUGGGGUUGGGUGUGUGGAGGCGCCUUGUGGAUGCAGCUUUGGAAAUGUUGCCUUGAUGAAGGCUUGACUUUUAGUCACUCCAGUUGUUGCUCUUCUCCCUUGGUGAUUUUCGUUCUAAAACGAUAACUUUUUCUCAACAAAUUUGGAACAUGUUCUUUAUUUUUCUUGUUUUGCUUUAAGAUUUGUAUGCUUUUAUCUGGCUUAAUUUAUGCCUCUGUAUUGUUACUUUGGCUUAGCUUUUGUGCCUCCAGUGAACGAACUUUUUAUAAGUUAAAUAUUUAAAUGGAUCAAAAGAGCCCAGAGAAUUAUGAAAAACUAAUAUAACCAGUCCGUACCGUCGAGUAAUGUUAAAACACAUGUUUACAUCAUUACAUGGGUGUGGAGGAAGAGGGUAAGGCAAGCCAAUAAUUAAUAAAAGCAUAAUUUAGAAAAUGAGGCUUUUGAAAAACACGGUUAAGCAAGCGUUUUUGUGGCCCCAUCGGAUUCAAAAGUCAAAAAAAUGGUUCUCAUAUGGCUUCCAUAGUCUUCCCCCACAAUAAUGAACAAUAUUGAAAUCCCAUCAUCUAGAAAGACUCCACUACACACGAAGCUUGGUCCAUUCAACUCCAAUCUAUUUAGUAUAUAAUAUAUUUAUAUAUAUAUAACCUCUCAUGUAAAACCUGAGCUGCAAUAUUACUCUCUCUCUCUCUCUCUCUAUUUAUAUUGUAUCAAACAACUGGAUCUCCACAGCUCGCGAUUACCAAAAGCAACAGUUUGAUUUCAAUCUUGAAUCCCAGCCCCCUCCAAUAUUCAUACCAUCAUGAACGGCAACCACCAAGAAUCACAACCUCAUCACCCCACCUCACCCACUCCCACUGCUAAAGAAACAAUAAUCCCAGCAGAUCAACCAUCAUCAUCGUCGUCGUCCGUGUCGGUGUUGUAUCCCAAUAACGUGAACCAAGUAGAAAUCAUCCAACCUCCUCCUCCACCUCAACAAUUUCAACCAGCUGGUGGUAGUGGUGGUGGUGAUGAUGAAAAAUGGGGGACUCACAUAAUGGGUGCACCUGCCGUGCCCACAUGUCACCCAAACAACCAGAAGGCUGCGUUAUGGGGGGCACCUGAUUAUCACCAACAGUACCUCCACUAUACCCCCAUUGAGAAGCCAGCCACCACCCCAAUGGAAUCUGUUCUUCAUAAGUUCAACUCAUGGAGCACCAAGGCCGAGUCCACAGCCAAUAAUAUCUGGCACAACCUGAAAACGGGGUCAUCUGUAUCGGGAGCUGCGUGGGCUAAGGUGAACUUGACUGCCAAAGCAAUAACAGGUGGUGGGUUUGAGUCGUUAUACAAACAAACAUUCGCAACUUUUCCCGACGAGAAGCUUAAGAAGACGUUUGCCUGUUAUCUAUCCACAUCCACCGGACCAGUUGCCGGAACUCUCUUUUUGUCAAAUGCCCAUGUUGCUUUCUGCAGCGACCGCCCUUUAUCAUUCACCGCACCCUCUGGCCAGCAUAGUUGGAGCUAUUACAAGAUUAUGGUACCUUUGGCCAAGAUUGGCACCAUCAAUCCUAUAGUUAUUAGAGAUAACCAGUCGGAAAGAUAUAUCCAGAUUGUCACUAUUGACGGACACGAUUUCUGGUUCAUGGGUUUUGUCAAUUACGAGAAAGCUUCUCGCCAUCUCACCGACAGUAUCUCCAAUUUUGUGGCUUAUGGAAUAGCAGUACCAGUACCACCCAAUCAAUCAUCUUGAUUUUUUUGUUCCCCAUUUCAAACUUUCUUUGGCCUGAGACUAGUUGAUUGUUUGUUUCUUAUUUUUUCCUUAUUUAUGCAGUUGUUAUUACUUUAUUGGUCUGUAUCUGUAACUUGUUUUGAACAAGGCUGUUUCUCAUGUUUCCUUAUUUAUGCCGAUAUUUCUUACCUUACAAAAUAAUAUUUAAAUUUGUUCUAUAA